UUCACUUUUGUUGCAGUGCUUCAUGAAACAUGGAGCUGGCAAUAUAUGCCUUAGUGCUUUCCUUCUCAGCAGAUCUGAGCAGAGUAGGAGCAGAACGGCCAGUAGUGUUGCAUCGUGAAAAGAGAAGAUGGAUUUCUGCAACUUUCAAACUUGUAGAAGAAGAUAUGGGACCUUUCCCUAAAAAGGCAAUGAAGGUUUCCAAUGACCGGUCACAAAACCAUACAGUGUUGUUUACAAUGAAGGGCCAGGGAGUGGACCUUGAACCUGAGAGAGGCUUGUUCUCAAUUGAUAGUGAAAGUGGACAAAUAUACAUCAAUCACAAAGUUGAUCGUGAAAAAACAAAGGAAUUGAUGUUUCAAGUCGAGGCUCUGGAGAAAGACACUCUGCAAUACCUAGAUGAACACAUGCUAUAUAAAAUUUUAGUGAUUGAUAUUAAUGACAAUCCUCCUGAAUUCACAGAAGUAAAACCUGUUAAUGUUUUGGAAAAUACAGCUCCAGGAGAAGAAAUCUUGAAAGUUGAAGCAAAAGAUCCUGAUGAUCCAAGGCUUGGGAAUGGACAGGUUUCAUAUUCAAUUGUUUCUCAAAGUCCUGCAAUCCCAUCAAAUGUAUUUAAUAUUAAUUCAAAAACUGGAUCCAUCUUUCUUGAAAAAUGCCUGGACUACGAGGCCAUCAAAUCUUACUCUUUAACCAUUAAAGCAAGAGAUAGCGGAUUGGAAGUAUUGUCCUCCAGUACAGUAGUAGAGAUAAAUGUGUUCGAUGCCAACAAUAAUCUUCCAGUUUUAACUCAGAAAAGCGCUUCAGCUGAUAUCAAUGAGACUGACAAUAAUGUGGUAAUACUACGAAUAAGUGUUACGGAUAAAGAUACUCCUCAUACACCAGCCUGGAGAGCAAAAUACACGAUAGUACAAGGGAAUGAAGAUGAAAAUUACAAGAUUGAAACAGAUCCAGAAACAAAUGAUGGAAUGUUAUAUUUAAUAAAGUCUUUGGAUUAUGAGGCUAAUCCUCAGAGGAAUAUUAAGAUAACAGUUGAAAAUGAAGAACCUUUUGCUACAUGCCCACCACUGAGUGGGAGAGGUUCCAACAAAUUGUCAGAAAUCUCUGCAGUUAUAACAGUGAAGGACAAGAAUGACCCUCCUGUGUUCACCCCUCCAGUAUUAUUUGUUCGGGAGACUGAAGGUCAGAAGCCUGGAAAGAUAGUGGGAAGAUUUAAUGCGACUGAUACUGAUAAAUUCUUUAAGCAUUCGAUCAGAUAUGUUCGAGGAUCUGACCCAGCUGAAUGGUUUACAGUAGAUGCUGACACUGGUGUUGUCUCAACAGUAAAAACAUUGGAUCGUGAAUCACCUUAUGUGAAUAACAGUUUCUAUACAUUACUUGUUUAUGCAGUUGAGGAUGGUGAGAGACCUACCACAGGAACUGGCACAAUGUCUCUUUUUCUGAUUGAUAUCAAUGACAACCUGCCAUAUCUUGUCAAUAUACACCAAGAGAUGUGUGAUGAUGGUGAAGUCCCAUUUGUAACUGUUGCAGCACGGGAUGAUGACCUCGAUCCCUACAGUGGUCCCUUCACAUUUAUGCUGUUGGACAACGAACAGCAUAUAAAGAACAAUUGGAAAUUGCGUAGAGCAACAGAUCACAGUGCUCAGCUUGUGAUGGAAAAGAAAAUGCCUGUUGGAAACUACACUGUGCCUUUCAAAAUCCAAGAUAGACAGGGAAUUGCCCAGAACUGUUUUUUGAAUCUGCGCAUAUGCCAUUGUCUAGAUGGGAAAACAUGCCCUGAUCUAAAGCCUGCAACAGCUAAUUUAUAUGGAGCUGCAAUUGGAAUGUUUUUUGUUGGAUUAUUAUGUUUGCUCUUGGGAUUGUGUUUGCUAGUAUUUUGUGAGUUUUCAAACAAGAAGGCUCAACAUUCCUUACCUUCUAAUGAGCCUAUGUGGACUUUGAUCAACUACAAUGAAGAAGGAGGUAAUGCAGAGAUGAAAAGUCCAAUUGAUAAUUCAAAUCAAUUAGUUUCCAUCGAUGCUGGUUUGGGGGCCAGAAGGAUAAUACCAGUCAAAUCUAAUAUGCAAAGUAGUGCUCAGGUUGGAUAUCGAGAAAAUAAUGGUUUGCUAUAUGGAGUUGGGACAUGGGGCCCACUUAAUGCACAUCAAGGACAUGACAUGAAUGCUUCGGGUAGCCAGCAUUAUUUGGAGACUUCAUUGCACGCAGGUGGUCUAUCCAAAUCAAGCUACACUUCACACAGUUAUGGAUCAAAAUCUUGGGAGUCAGGGAAUCACUUGGGAUCUUUCCCAUUUCGAAGUAGCAUGUUUAGGCCAAUUAACAAAUCACAAGAACAUGACUCAAAUGGUUGGGCUAACAGGCACUAUUUGGAGCCAGAUCCUACUUUUAAACCUCAUGUGUAUAAUUCUGAAGGAGAUGACCUAUGUGAGCCAUCUCUUGAUGCCAUCAGCAUAGUUGAAGGUAGCAUUGGGUCUGACUACUUGGACAACUUAGAUCCAAAGUUUACAGCUCUAGCAAGAAUCUGUCAGGAAAAAUAUCCACUGUAAGUUCAAUGGCAACAGAAAUAAACUAUGAGCACUAAGGAAAGCUCUUUAUAAAUUGUUCAUAUUACCUGUUAACAAAUUAAUGACGUGGGCUAGAGAGCAUUGUGUUACCAAGAAUUCCAGACAGCUAUGUUUCAUGUGAAAAUGAUGCAAAACAAUCCUAAUUUUUAUUCCCUUCUGAUUUCCGUAUAAUUCAAAACAAACCACCUGACCACACAAAACCUGAACGCUGCUGAAACGAGACACGUUGAUGAACAACAAUCUGUAUCUCUUUUCAGCAAUAAACAGAAAACUUGUAUUACAUACUAUGAUUAAGUUGAAUAGCGAAAGACACAAGUGUUCAAUAUCUGGCUUUUAUUUCUCCCCAGUUAUGGAGGGAAAUCCAAGGAAACUCCUGACAAACUACUUAUAAAGUAUACUUAAGGGAUUUUCUGUUGAAACAAUGGUAAUGCAAUGAUGAGAAUCAUAAUGAAAACUGAACUCCAAAACAUUACUUUAAAUAUUUGAACAUGGCUUCCUAGUAUUGUGCAUUUAAUUAUUUUGUAAAUAACAAACUCUUCAUAAUCUUAAAUCUCCCAUCCAUGUGUGGAAUGAACUUCCAGAGGAAGUGAUGGAUGUGGGGGCAGUUACAAUGUUUAAAAGACAUUUAUAAAUACAUGAAUAAGAAAUGUUUGGAUGGAUGUAGGCCAAGCACAAGCAGGUGGAGCUAGUUUAUCUUGGGAUUAUGGUCGGCAUGGAUUGGUUGGACCGAAAGGUCUGUUUCUGUGUUUUAUGAAUCUAUGAUUUUAUGACUCCCAACUGAGAAGGAGAAUUGCAGUUGGGUUUUAGGGGCUGUCUUGUGGUGCAGUGAUAGUGUUUUAUUCUUGCACUGGGAGGCCCAGUUUCAGUCUCACCAGCUUGAUUAGAGAAAUAAGUUAAAAAAAUGGAAAUAUACUAUGCUGUUAAUGUGAUCAGGCUAUAAGGUUUCAAUUCUUGUUUUAUUUGAAUACUGUCACCUAAUUGCUGUAAAUAAUUUACUAUUACUGGUAAAUAUUGGGAAAGGUACAAAUAUGUAGGUAUUUCACAAAAUGGAUAAAUGUUUUUUAAUCUAAAUUAACAUUCAAUAGCUUUUUUUGUGGUUCAGGGAAUCUUCAGCACUGAAACAUGGCAGAAUUAUUUUUUGCCACUACAUUUAAUGUGGAUGGGGGUGGUGGGUGAAAACAAAGCCAAUUUAAUAGUGAGGAUAACCCAUCUUUUUAUCCUGACCACAAAUUCUUGUCUCUAUACACAGAUUUGAUAACCAAAAGUCAUCCCUUUCUUGCUCACUGUCUGUAAAUUACAGUGGAGGAGUUAGUCCUUGUAAGCCAAUUCAUUUCCCUUACUUCACCACAACUAUUGCUAACCCAAAGGACCAUGAAGAAACGGGUGCUUCUACUACCUGCAUUGGCAGAAGGCCUGAACAUGUCUUUUUGAAGAGAUAGGAUACAAUACUAAGCAUCUCUCCUUUGCUUAUGUCUUCGCCAUUAUCUUUCUGAACACCAGCACAUUUAAAAUCCUUAGAUAUCUUAAAUUAUUCCUAGUUCCUCAGACCUCCUUUGCUACCUUUAAUGUUUCACUAGAUUUAUCACUGGCUUUUUCAUUUUCACUUGCUAUGAACUCACCCUAGUGAGAGAGUUCAAACUUCUUGCUUGAUUGGAUUCAAGUUGGGAAAGUGGAUUGGAAUGGGAAGAGGGUCAGAAUGGAGUAUGGAAAUUCUGCCUCAACUGUACGGUAGCGACAAGAGAAAUCCAGCUCAGAAUUUCUCUCAUGAGUUUGAAUUAAGAUAAAAAAUGACAGAUUCUGUUCUGGGAAUUUUAAUCUAAGUUAACAUUCAAUAGCUUGUUCUUUUCUUGAAUGAUUGUGCAUUGGAUAAGCUUUAAUGAAUCUGUGUAUAUUAGUGCAGUUAGCUGGAUGGCUGGCUUGUGAUGUGGAGUGAUGUUAACAGAUUGGGUUCAAUUCCUGCAUCUGCUGAGGUUACCAUGAAAGAUUCUCCUUCUCAGCCUUUUCCCUCACCUCAGAUGUGGUGACCCUCAGUUAAAAUAACUCUUAGUUGUUUCUUUGCAAUAGUUGAACUACGGGAUUUUUACUUAUACAUGCUUUCUAUAAUAAUGGUAUAAAUUAAGUGAUUAGAAGUUAACAUAAUAGAUAUAAUGAUACAUAUUUAUCUAUUUAAUGAACAACUGUUUUGGAAAGUUGUUACAUUUGAGAGUGGCUUAUAUUAGCUUUAAUUUUGCAGUUCCUAACUUUGAACAUGUUUCCUGACACAAUGUAUGCUUAUAAGUUUUGCAUUUAAUUUACAUAAACAUAGUGAAAUGUGGAAUAAAUUAUG